CAGCACACAACUCCUCCCCGUCCCCGUCCUCUCGUUACAUGCAAGGAAAACAGACUACUACUCUGUGGUCGCAUAUCCGCAUUCCGCCCAUGGAUUCUCAAGCUAAACCAACCACCAACCUCACUAUAUACAUACCCAAUCUUAUUCUCAAAAAAAAAAAAAAAAUCAUACCCUAUCUUGCAUAUUUCCUUUCAUCUCUAUAGCAACACUAAGAUCUCUCCAAAAUGGCUCUUCGAACCCUCGCGACAAGGAAUAUCAAAGGCAAACUAGGGCUACGAUUUCAGCAACAAUACCGCGGCUUGAAGACCGUCUCGCUUCCCGAUCUUCCGUACGACUAUGGUACUCUUGAGCCUGCCAUUAGCGGAGAGAUCAUGCAGCUCCACCACCAGAAGCACCAUCAGGCUUACGUAACAAACUUCAACAAAGCUUUAGAGCAGCUCGAUCACGCCAUGGCCAAGGGCGAUAUUUCCUCCGUCGUCAAAUUGCAAAGCGCCAUCAAAUUUAAUGGCGGAGGUCAUAUCAAUCAUUCCAUUUUCUGGAAGAAUCUUGCCCCUAUUCAUGAAGGAGGUGGUGAGCCUCCUAAGGGCUCCUUGGGUUGGGCUAUUGACGUACACUAUGGUUCUUUGGAAUCAUUGAUACAAAAGAUGAAUGCAGAAGCCGCUGCUUUACAGGGCUCUGGAUGGGUGUGGCUUGGUUUGGACAAAGAAUUGAAAAGGCCUUUGAUUGAAACCACUGCAAAUCAGGAUCCACUAGUUACCAAAGGACCAAAUCUGGUUCCUCUGCUUGGCAUCGAUGUUUGGGAACACGCAUACUACUUGCAGUACAAAAAUGUUAGACCAGAUUACUUGAACAACAUAUGGAAAGUCAUAAACUGGAAAUAUGCCAGUGAAGUUUAUGAGAAAGAGUGCCCUCAAUGAAGAAUUCACUACCCUCAAGAAUGGGCUUAGCUGUCAAGUUUUAGACAGAAAGAAGAACGGCUAUACAUGAAGAAGAUGAGGAGUCCCCUACUGUACUAUGGGUUUGCUUGCACUUGUUUUUCCUUGUAUGGAAACUAAAUAAACUAUGUAAAUCUCUGGUUAUCCUAACGAUCCUAACUCCUACCGUGUGUAAACAUUUCCCCUUUGUUCUUGUGUAUUCAAAUUGUUAAACUAUUAUGUUAUGGACU